AUGGGUUGUACUCAAUCUCAUUCGGAUACUUCGACCAAGACUGCAUCAGCUGCAAAAAAAAGAAGAAAAAUAAGCUCCAGCAGAGCUCAAAAUUAUGCAGCUGCAGUAGACGACACCAGUAUCGUACACACUGAAGCCAGUUUCGUUACUCCACAGAUGCCGACUAUGGAAAUCAACCUUCAAACUCGAAACAUAUGGCCAUUACCAGAAUAA